AUGAGAUCGGCGACGGUGGUGUUAAAGAACUCGAUUCGUGCCAAAUCUUGGUGGAAUCAUGUUGAAAUGGGUCCACCAGAUGCGAUAUUGGGUGUCACUGAAGCUUUUCACCGCGACACCAAUCCGAAGAAGAUGAAUCUCGGUGUUGGUGCGUAUAGAGAUGACCAGGGAAAACCAUUUGUUCUCCCAUCUGUGCGAGAAGCUGAACAACGACUUAUGGCUGAAAAGCUUAAUAAGGAGUAUGCUGGUAUUGCCGGGAUUCCUGACUUCACCAAGAUUGCCGCCAAACUUGCCCUGGGAGAGAACUCCGAGGUCAUCAAAUCGGGUCGAAUAACAACAAUGCAGAGCAUUUCCGGAACUGGGGCGCUUCGUAUUGGCUCGGAGUUUAUAGCUAAAUUUCAUCCCAACAAAGUUAUAUAUCAACCUUCACCCACGUGGGGAAAUCACGUGCCAGUAUUCAAAUUCGCUGGUGUUGAUGUGAAGAACUAUCGGUACUACGAUAAAAACACUUGCGGGUUCGAUGAAAAUGGCGCUUUAGCGGACAUUGCUGCAAUUCCGAAGGGGUCCGUUAUUCUGCUUCACGCAUGCGCCCACAAUCCAACUGGCGUUGAUCCUACGCAAGAUCAAUGGAAGAAAAUCUCAGAGAUUUGCAAGAAGAAAGAACUAUUCGUCUUUUUUGACAUGGCUUAUCAGGGGUUCGCUUCUGGUGAUGUUGACAGGGAUGCGUAUGCAGUACGUUAUUUCAUCGAACAAGGACACAAUAUUUGCCUUGCUCAGUCUUUUGCGAAGAAUAUGGGACUGUAUGGGGAACGAGUGGGAGCCUACUCAGUCAUUUGCGAGAAUCCAGACGAGGCCGCCAGAGUCGCUUCGCAACUAAAGAUACUUAUACGACCUCUCUAUUCUAAUCCUCCUAUUAAUGGAGCUCGAAUUGUCAUCAAAAUCCUCAGCGAUGCUACUCUUCACAAACAAUGGUUGAUUGAUGUGAAAGGAAUGGCUGAUCGCAUUAUCUCUAUGCGAACUCAGCUGCGGGAUCUGUUAGCGAAGGAAGGAUCUACGCGUAAUUGGCAGCACAUUACGGACCAGAUCGGAAUGUUCUGUUUCACUGGCAUCAAUCCCCAACAGGUAGAAAAGCUGAUCAGAGAGCAUUCUGUAUACCUAACCAAAGACGGUCGCAUCUCAGUCGCUGGGAUUUCUUCAAACAACGUUGGCUACCUCGCUAAAGCUCUCCAUGCCGUCACCAAGUAG